AUGGACAACACAACAGCACUGACAUUCACAAUGACUGCUUACGCUGUCAUGGAAAACCACAAACACGUGCUGUUUACUGUAUUCCUGCUGCUGUAUCUUAUCACUAUCGUUUUGAAUUCACUGCUCAUCACUGUCAUACACCAAAACAAAUGUUUGCAUCAACCUAUGAAUGUCUUUACGUGUAUGUUAUCCAUCAAUGAAAUGUAUGGCAGUAGUGCACUGUUACCUGCAAUUAUGUCUGUGCUCCUAUCCGAGACACACGAAAUACCCGUGAAGUGGUGCAUGGCUCAGGUCUAUUUCCUGCACACAUAUGCAAGUGCUGAGUUUUCUAUUUUAGCCGUUAUGGGGUACGACAGAUAUGUUGCUGUCUGUGAUCCACUACUUUACCACAGCAUCAUGUCGAAUUCAAAGAUAUGCAAGCUUGUUGCACUAGCAGCUCUAUACCCGAUGAUUGUGUUUGGCUGUUUUUACUCUACUACCUUACAGCUGAGCUUCUGUGGAAAAGUAAUGCCAAAAAUAUACUGUGUGAACAUGGAGCUGGUCAAAAAUUCAUGUUCAAGUGCAUUGUACAUAAGUAUUUUGGGACUUGCACUAAUAAUGGUUUUGGUCAUGCCUCAGUUACUGAUGAUUGUUUUCUCUUAUGCACAAAUUUCAAGAGUAUGUCAGAAAUUAUCAAGAGAGUCCAAGAGCAACGCUCUUAGAACAUGUAUCCCACAUUUAUUAUCUUUGCUAAACUACACCAUCGGUUCUUUAUUUGAGAUUAUCCAAUCUAGAUUUAACAUGAGUCAUGUAGCUGUCGAAGCGCAGAUCUUCCUGUCUUUAUACUUUGUCAUCAUUCCACCGUUUAUCAACCCAGUGCUGUAUGGACUUGGUACUCAGCUAGUGAGAGUUCACAUACUGAAACUGUUUAUUAAAUGCAAGAUCGUGCCAGCAAAGUUAGCAAAGGUAGUGAUUGCAUCUUAA